UGUCAUUGUAACGUGGACCAACACCAAUAUUGUUUUUUUAAGUUUUAAGGUUAAAUAGUUAAAAACUAAAUAGUACCGAUUACCGAUGUAUUUGAUAAAAUGAUAAGUUAAUACCAUUCUGUAAAAUUUCAACAAGAUAUACAUAUUUGACAAACACUAAACCUAACAAUCAUGAGUGACAUACUGAAAGAUAGCCGUUUUACAAAGUAUCUUAACGAUCCCCGCUACAGGCAAAUACCUAAACAUGAGAGAAAAGUUAAGAUUGACAAAAGAUUUCAGUCUAUGUUCGAAGAUGAUAAGUUCAAAGUAAAAUACACUGUAGACAAACGGGGUCGACCUAUCAACGAAACUUCAACUGAAAAUUUAAGAAAAUACUACGAUCUCGAGGAUUCUGAGAGUUCUGCAGAAGAAUCUGAUGAUGGAGAUAAAUUGGAAGAAAAAGAAGAGGAAAGUGAGUCUGCAGGUCGUUUUGUACGGAGAGCCCCGAGCGAGGACAAGGAAGAAGAAGAACAAGAGGAUCAAAAAUCAGUUAACGAUAAAUUAAUUAGGGGAAAAUUGGACAAGAAGACCAAGAACAAAUUGCUUGAUUUAGAUAUUGAUUAUGCCCGUGGUGAAGGGAUGCUCCUGAGUGACAGCUCGAGUGAUGAAGACAGUAGUGAGGAGGAUCAGGACAGUGAGGUGGAGCAUGAGUGGGGGGAAUUGGAUGCUGAUGCUGACACCACUGAUGAAUCUACUAGAAGGAUAGCAAUAUGCAACAUGGAUUGGGAUAACAUCAAAGCAACAGAUAUAAUGGUGUUACUUAGUUCAUUUCUACCACCCGGAGGUGUUAUACAUAAGAUAACUAUUUAUCCAUCUGAAUAUGGUCUACAGAGGUUAAAGGAAGAGGAGGUAAGAGGACCAAUUGAAUUAACAGAGGAAAAAGCUGAGGAUCUGUCAGAUGAUGGGGGAAAUGAGGAAGGGUCAACAUAUCACAUGGAGAAACUGAGAAAGUAUCAACUAAACAGGCUGAAGUAUUACUAUGCGGUGGUUGAAUGUGACACGGUGGUUACUGCAGACAAACUGUACAGUGAGUGUGACGGGAUGGAGUAUGAGAGUAGUGCGACCAGACUUGAUAUGAGAUUCAUACCUGAUGAUGUCACAUUUGAUCAGGAGGCUAGAGAAGAGUGCACAAAGCUGCCGGAUCUAAGUAGAUACAAGCCUCGGCUGUUCACAACCACUGCGCUGCAGCAGGCCAAGGUGCAGCUGACAUGGGAUGCAACCAACCCCAACCGCACCGAGGCCAUCAAGAGUGCACUUGACGGGAAGAUAGAUGAUCUAGACCUAAAAGAUUAUUUGGCUUCUAGUAGUGAAGAAGAGGAAAAUCAUUCCGACAAAGAUGAAGAUUUACCAGAAAAUGUCUCAGAUAAUGAAGACCCGAUUCAAAAAUAUAAAAUGUUGUUACAAGAUAUUGAAAAGAAAGAAGAGAAAAAACAAAACAAAGAUAUGGAAAUGGAGAUAACUUGGGGUCUUGGUAUUAAAGACAAAGCAGAAGCAUUGGUUCAGAAGAAAUUAAACGAAGACAGUAAAGACUUAACGCCUUUCGAAAAACUUCUACAAAAACGUAAAGAAAAGAAAAAGCAGCGUAAACUGGAAAAGAACCAAAAAGAAAACACGGAAACAAAUUCCGACGAAGAGGAACCUGACGAUAUCCCUUCAGACAUAGAUAUGAAUGAUCCUUACUUUGCUGAAGAAUUCGAGAAAUCUGAAUUCAAAAAGAAAAAAGACAAAAAAGAUAAAAAAGAAGAAAGUGAUUCUGAAGUAGAUGAGGAAGAUGAUAAACGAAGAGCGGAAUUGGAAUUACUAUUAGACGAGGAUGAUGGUAAACAACAUUUUAGUUUAAAGAAAAUUCAGGAAUCGGAAAAUAUUGAUAAAAAAUCAAAGAGGAAAAAGAAAUUAAAAGAGAAAAUGAAAGAACAGAAAGCGUUGCCAGAUUUUGAAAUAAAUCUGAACGACCAACGUUUUAAUGCAUUAUACAAUUCACAUUUGUACAAUAUUGAUCCAAGUGAUCCUAACUUUAAAAAGACAAAGAAUAUGGAGAAACUUAUCCAGGAGAAGUUAAAGCGGCGGCCAGCAGAAGCUGCCGAGGAACAGACCCAGCCAAAGAAGUCUAAAGAAGAUGCUGAAUUGAGUGUAUUAGUGAAAAGUUUGAAACAGAAAACAAAAAAUGUAAUAAAAAACAGAAAGUAAAACAUU